UCACGGAGGCCGCCCCGAGAUUCCGGCGCGGCCGCGGGUCCCGCCUCCCGGGGGCGGGGCGAGGGCGGAGCGGGGAGCAGGGAGCGGACGGGCGCCCGGCCGGCUGCGGUCCGUGCGGAGGCUGAGCCGGCCGCGGGCGCGACCGGAGGCAGUUUCCGUUACUAUGGCAAUGACGGCAGGGACUACAACUACCUUUCCUAUGAGCAACCAUACCCGGGAGAGAGUGACUGUAGCCAAGCUCACACUGGAGAAUUUUUACAGCAACCUAAUUUUACAGCAUGAAGAGAGAGAAACCAGGCAGAAGAAAUUAGAAGUGGCCAUGGAAGAAGAAGGAUUAGCAGAUGAAGAGAAAAAGUUACGCCGAUCACAACAUGCUCGCAAAGAAACAGAGUUCUUACGGCUCAAGAGGACCAGACUUGGCUUGGAUGACUUUGAGUCUCUGAAGGUUAUAGGAAGAGGAGCUUUCGGAGAGGUGCGGCUGGUCCAGAAGAAAGAUACAGGCCAUAUCUAUGCAAUGAAGAUAUUGAGAAAGGCUGAUAUGCUUGAAAAAGAGCAGGUGGCCCAUAUCCGAGCAGAAAGAGAUAUUUUGGUAGAAGCAGAUGGUGCCUGGGUGGUGAAGAUGUUUUAUAGUUUUCAGGAUAAGAGGAACCUUUAUCUAAUCAUGGAAUUUCUCCCUGGAGGUGACAUGAUGACAUUGCUAAUGAAGAAAGACACCUUGACAGAAGAGGAAACACAGUUUUACAUUUCAGAGACUGUUUUGGCAAUAGAUGCAAUUCAUCAGUUGGGGUUCAUCCAUCGGGACAUUAAGCCAGACAACCUUUUAUUAGAUGCCAAGGGUCAUGUAAAAUUAUCUGAUUUUGGUUUAUGCACGGGAUUAAAGAAAGCUCACAGGACUGAAUUCUACAGAAAUCUCACACACAACCCACCAAGUGACUUCUCAUUUCAGAACAUGAAUUCAAAGAGGAAGGCAGAAACUUGGAAGAAGAACAGGAGACAAUUGGCAUAUUCCACAGUUGGGACGCCAGAUUACAUUGCUCCAGAAGUCUUCAUGCAGACUGGUUACAACAAAUUGUGUGACUGGUGGUCUUUGGGAGUGAUUAUGUAUGAAAUGCUAAUAGGAUAUCCACCAUUUUGCUCUGAAACACCUCAAGAAACAUACAGAAAAGUGAUGAACUGGAAAGAAACUCUAGUAUUUCCUCCAGAGGUACCUAUAUCUGAGAAGGCCAAGGACUUAAUUCUCAGAUUUUGUAUUGAUUCUGAAAAUAGAAUUGGAAAUGGUGGCGUAGAAGAAAUAAAAGGUCACCCCUUUUUUGAAGGCGUAGACUGGGGGCACAUAAGGGAAAGGCCAGCAGCAAUCCCUAUAGAAAUCAAAAGCAUUGAUGAUACUUCAAAUUUUGAUGACUUCCCUGAAUCUGAUAUUUUACAACCAGUGCCAAAUACCACAGAACCAGACUACAAAUCCAAAGACUGGGUUUUUCUCAAUUAUACCUAUAAAAGAUUUGAAGGGUUGACUCAACGUGGCUCUAUCCCCACUUACAUGAAAGCUGGGAAAUUAUGAAGAUCACAUUCGCCCAUAACCAAGAGAACUCAGGUAGCUGCAUCACCAGGCUUGCUUGGCGUAGAUAACAAUACACGGAUAUACUCCUGAAGAUGGUGGUGCUCAUCGACUACAAGAGGAAAUUCUACAGGAUUAGGAUUUCUAAGACUACUACAGGAAUUGGUUGGCAGUGCCAGCUGGCUUUUUUUUUUUAAUGUUUUAUUAUUUUUGUUAACUUUAUUAUACGAAGGUACUGGAAUAAAAGGAACGUACAUCCCUUCCUAACUGCACUGCCUACAUGCGUAUUAAGGUCCAUUCUGCCUGUGUGUGCUGUGGCUUUGAACUGUAACACCUCUAAUCAAUUCAGGAGAAACACAUAUCAUUUAAAGCAACAUAGGCUAACCUGUAGGUGACACUGCAGUAUUGCUGUUUUACUGCAAAUCUUAUGGGUCUAGAUAAUCAGUAAAAGCCAUCUUCCAUAGUUGGUGUUAGAACACUUGCUCUAUUGGUUUGGAUAUCUGUAGAAUAUAUAUGAAGACAAUUUCUGUAACGGUUUUAAGAAAUUUAAAAAGAAAUACACUGGUUCAUUAAAAAAUAGAAUUUUUCAUUGAGUUAUUGCACAGACUCCACAGUAGGGAGUGACAAGUUUAUAAGAAGAAGGAGAAAGUUUAACACCUUCACUCAAGCACUCCACUAAUAUAUUUACUUUGCAAAUAAACGUAGUCUGUAUACUCAUAGGGAGAUGUACUGUAUUAUAUAAAAUGUAAAGUUGCUUUUCUUGUGACAAAAGGACUUCUUUUUUAACAAGAGGAUAUGGCAUUAUUUUAAUUUGAUUAUGGUGAGUUGAAUUUAAGAAAUGACCAUGAAGGCUGCUUGUAGAAUGAGUGUAUUUUUAUUAAACUAUUUUUUUAAAUGUCAAA